CUAGUUUAUAUCAACCUUGUUACUUCACUCAAACCAAAACCAUUCAUUUGCAAACAUGUCUUCUGCAACAAUACUUUCUUUCAUUCUCUUCACUUUCACGUUCCUUUUAUUCAAAUUUUUCUUGCAUCCAAAACAAAAUACCUUAAACCAUAAGAAGCCACCUGGGCCACCAACACUACCUAUAAUCGGAAACCUUCACUUGUUAGGCAAACUUCCACAUCGAACACUUCAAACACUCUCCAAAAAAUAUGGUCCGAUCAUGUCCUUACAACUCGGUCAAGUCCCAACUGUUGUCAUUUCAUCUUCAAAAACAGCAGAAUUAUUUCUCAAAACACACGACAUAGUUUUCGCGAGCCGACCAAAGAUUCAAGCAUCUAAGAUCUUCUCUUACGGUUCUGUAGGGCUGUCUUUUUCUGAGUAUGGUCCUUAUUGGCGAAGUGUAAGAAAACUAUGCGCUUUGAAACUUCUUAGUGCUUCUAAAGUUGAGAUGUUUGCUCCUAUUAGAAAAGAUGAGUUGGAUGUUGUGGUUAAAUCUUUAGAGAAAGCUGCUUUGGUGGGUGAGGUUGUGAAUGUUAGUGAUGUUGUAGAGACUUUGAUUGAAGAUAUUGUGUAUAAGAUGAUAUUGGGUAGGAGUAAGUAUCAACGGUUUGACUUGAAGAGAAUUGUUAAGCAAACAAUGAUUUUAUUUGGAGCUUUUAAUCUAGCUGAUUAUGUUACUUGGUUGGGCCAUUUUGAUCUUCAGGGAAUUACACGAGCUUGCAAGAAAACAAGUAAAGAACUUGAUGGAGUGUUGGAGGUGAUAAUAUCAGACCAUGAACAAGCUACUAAUGUAGACAAACCUCAUCAUGAAGAAGAUUUUGUAGACAUGCUUCUUUCAACUAUGCAUCAAACUAAAGAUUUAGAAAAUGGACAAAAUAAUGUUAUCAAUCGUACUCACAUCAAGGCAAUAUUACUAGACUUGAUUGUGGCUGGAAUUGAUACAUCAGCUACCGUAAUUGAGUGGGCGUUAUCUGAACUUUUAAGGAAUCCAAGAGUGAUGAAAAAACUUCAAGAUGAGAUACAAAAUGAAGUAGGACAUAUGAGGAUGAUUGAAGAGAAUGAUUUGAAGAAGUUAAAUUACUUAGAUAUGGUGGUUGAUGAGAUAUUAAGACUUUAUCCGGUAGGACCUUUAUUACUUCCUCGUGAAUGUAGAGAGAAUAUAACAAUUGAUGGUUAUUUUAUCGAGAAAAAGACGCGCGUUAUUGUAAAUGCAUGGGCAAUAGGAAGGGAUCAUGAUGUUUGGUCACAAAAUGCAGAUGAAUUUUAUCCUGAAAGAUUUAUUGACAAGAAAAUGAACUUUCAUGGACAAGAGUUUGAGUGUAUACCAUUCGGUUCUAGUCGGAGACGUUGUCCUGGGAUUCAUUUGGGCUUGAUUACAGUAAAAUUGGUUAUAGCUCAAUUGAUACAUUGUUUUAAUUGGGAACUUCCACGUAAUAUUACUCCUUCAAAUUUGAAUAUGGAAGAGAAAUUUGGACUCACUAUACCUAGAGCUCACCACCUGUACGCAAUACCAAGAUAUCGUUUGGUAAGUAAUGACAAAUUUGAAUAGUUUAUAAGUUGUUUUCCAAUAAAUUAACGAAUAUUGUUGAUACCAGAUACUUAGGUAAUUUUGAUAAUAUAUUACUUUAUUAUAUUAAAAGUAGAUUAGGGUUAAUAUUCCUAUCCAAUAUUUAUUGUUUCACUAUAUAUAAGUAUCAAAAACAC